UGAGGGGCUGCGUCUCGCCGCCGCCGCCCGGGCCGGGCAUGGUGUUGGGCGCCGGGCCCGCCUCGCCUGUCUCCGGGUGCCCAGGGGAAAGGUGGCAGCGAUGCUGACGCUGGCCAGCAAGCUGAAGCGGGACGAUGGGCUCAGAGGGUCCCGGACGGCAGCCUCGGCAGCGGACUCCACGCAGAGGGUCUCCGUGAGAGACAAGCUGCUCGUGAAAGAGGUUGCAGAACUUGAAGCUAAUUUACCUUGUACUUGUAAAGUGCAUUUCCCUGACCCAAACAAGCUGCACUGCUUCCAGCUCACUGUCACCCCAGAUGAGGGUUACUACCAGGGUGGAAAAUUUCAGUUUGAAACUGAAGUUCCUGAUGCAUACAACAUGGUGCCUCCCCGAGUGAGAUGCUUGACUAGGAUGUGGCACCCUAACAUCACAGAGACAGGGGAGAUCUGUCUAAGUUUACUGAGAGAACAUUCGAUUGACAGCACGGGCUGGGCUCCCACGAGGACAUUAAAGGAUGUUGUUUGGGGAUUAAACUCUUUAUUUACUGAUCUUCUGAACUUUGACGAUCCACUGAAUAUCGAAGCAGCAGAGCAUCAUUUGCGGGACAAGAAGGACUUCUGGAAUAAAGUGGACGACUACAUCAAGCGCUACGCCAGAUGAUGAAGGGCCGCGUGCUACAGCCGUGCAGUUUGAUUCUGACGUAAAGCCGCCAGCCGCCCCUCCCCCGUCCUCACACUCCCUCUCAGGCCCCCUGGAUUGCCCCCGUCCUGUGGCUAUGUGGUCCUGAGAAGACCAUCUUCAUGACUGCCCAUUGUAGAUGGAGACUCCAACAUAAAUACAGCAAGAAAUGUGU